AAAUGGAAAGUACCUCUCUGCUCCAUCGCAAGGGGGUUUAGGUUUCGACGCAGCGCCAUGGAGGCGGCGGAGCCGCCGGAGUGCCCGGUGUGUCUGCAGCCAUACGACGCCGUAUCCGCGAUACCGCGCGUUUUGACGUGUGGGCAUACUACCUGUGAGCUCUGCCUCAAACAGCUUCCCAAUCCCUUCCCCAAUACAAUCCGCUGUACCGUCUGCACUCUCCUCGUGAAAUUCCCAAAUUGCCCCUCAUCCCUGCCCAAGAACCUUGAUCUCCUGCACUUCUCGUCUGUUCUCCAAGGCAGCCAUGGAGCAGGGGUUAAAGAUGUUGCUUCGCGAACAUCUCCAUCGGAGAAUGGAGAAAAGCAGACGGGGUUGCUUCCAUUGACUUUAAAAUCGUGGUCGUACGAGUUCUAUUGCAAGUGGAGGAAAUGGAUUCUCCCGGAAGAUUGCAUUCUGAUUGACCAGACGGGUUUGGGGAAUGAUGAUGAAACAGUGUAUGGAGAAGUUUCGAAGCCAUUUGAGAGCGAUUAUGCGGUGGGGUGUGUUUUGAAGGAGAGAGAAAAGGUUGGCCUGGCCAAAAUUGGUAUGUUUGUAGAGAAUGACCAACAAAUCAGUUUCUUGAACCCUAGCUACGAGUCAAAAAUUGUGAGUCUUCUGCGCGGGAUGAAAGAAGAAAAAAGAGAUGAAUUGAGAGUUAUCUUAAAUGCUACUAAUGGAGUAAGUAACGUGGGAAAGGUGUAUGGAUUAUGGUACAACGGGAGUAACAAGUGUUUUUAUAUGGUCUGCAAGAAGUUCACUAAGCCUAAUUUGAGUGAAUUUAUCCUUAAGAAAAAGAGUGAUGAAGAUGAAGGGUUGAGCAGUGAUGAAAUGCGUGGUUUUGCAAUGCUUGGAAUGGAGGCUUGUGAAAAUUUGAGCCACUUGCAUUUGGAAGGGGUAGUUGUUGGUUUGUUGAGUGUUGAUUGUUUAAGUUUCAAUGAUUUUGGCCGCAUAACUAUUGACUUAUGCGAGAUUUUCCAUACAGGCAGGAGGGUAAGUAUGGUUAUGCUAAAUGCUCACAAAGAUAUGGAAGUUGGUUUGAAAAAUAGUGUUUUAGAUGAAAAUCUCGCCUUCAUUUGUCCUCAGAUGUUGUUACAGUUCCAUGUAAAAGAAGGGAUUGUUUUGGAUAGGGAUAAAUCGAAAUAUGAAAUUGGCUGUGCUUCGGAUGUGUGGUCGUUAGCCUGUUUGCUAGUUUGGCUGAUUGUUGGAAGUUCUUUUGUGGAAGAGUUGGGAUCUUACAUAAAUUUUGUUGGUAGUAUUAGUACUAUAAAAGAUGGAAUUCCUGAUUUUUACACGGGUUGGAUGGAGAAAGUUGCGAUGCUACUGGAAAGUAGGCUGGGCGACGAAAAUGCUUCUUUAGGGGAGGUUUUGUGCAGAUGUCUGGAGUUUGAACCUGAAAAUCGGCCUGCUAUAACUGAACUUUGGAAGACCCUAAAGGAAUUAGUUGUCAAAGACGCAAAGUAUUGUAAUAUACUCCACUUAAAUCGGGAACUGACAAAGGAAAACUCAAGCAACUUUGUGCUGGCAAAGUUCAGUCAGAUAGAUGGAAAAAGUGGCAAAGAAUUGAUGGGAAGAAGUGAAAAUGACCAAGCUGAUGUUGAAUUGAGUCGUGAGAGAGAUAUUACGGCCGCUGUUUCAGGUGGCCAUUUCAAAUAUGUAGAGAUGAAAGGUCACCUUGAUUGUGUCACAGGAUUAGCUGUUGCAGGGGGCUUCGUUUUCAGCUCUUCUUAUGACAAGACAGUCAAAGUUUGGUCUCUUCAGGAUUUCAAACAAGUGCAAUCACUCAAAGGCCACGAGCAUCGAGUUAUGGCUGUUGUUGCUGUAGAUGGAGAACAGCCACUGUGCAUAAGUGGUGAUGGAGCCGGCGUUAUAUGCAUUUGGAAGGCCAGUUUUCCAUUUUCCGAAAUGCCUAUAAGAAAGUUGCACGAGCAGAAGGACUGGCGCUAUAGUGGUAUUCAUGCAAUGGCUGUUUCUGGAAUGGAAUAUCUGUAUACCGGAAGUGGAGACAAAUUAGUAAAAGCGUGGUCGCUGCAGGAUUACACCAUGUCGUGUGCUAUGGGUGGCCACAAAUCAGUUGUUUCAUCCCUCGUCGUUUGUGAUGGUGUUCUUUAUAGCGGUAGCUGGGAUGGUACCGUACGCCUGUGGUCUCUCAGUGAUCAUGCUCCUUUGGCGGUGCUGGGGGAGGACAAAACUGAAAGUAUGUUACCUGUUUCGUGUCUUUCUGCCGAGCACUCUGAGUUAUAUGUUGGUCAUGAUAAUGGCUGCAUAAAGAUAUGGCGUAAUGAUUUACUUCUGAAGUCGACACAAACUCACAAAGGGGCCGUGUUCUCGAUCAGCAAGAAGGGGAAAUGGCUAUUUAGCGGGGGCUGGGACAAGACGAUUACUUUACAGGAAAUAUCAGAACACAGAGAUGGCUUGGAAGUAACACCUGUUGGCUCUAUUGCCUGCAAUUCUGCAGUAACAGCUCUACUGUAUCAGCAGGAGAAGCUCUUUGUAGGACAAGCUAACAAAACAUUCAAGGUUUACCAUGGAGUUUAACAGGUUCUUGGGAACAGAUGUCCUGGUUGCUCCCGUCGUUGAUAUUGGUUGAAUGAUGAAGAAGAUUUGUAAAAAAACUGUAUUUUAAUAUUCAAUGGAGUAAUUAAAAAAUAUUGUAUAUAAUGUUUAGAUGUAUAAUAAUAAUAAUAAUAGAAUAAUGAGGUUCAGCUACCGUUGG